CGCCUGGUUGCACGUAUGGAUGGUGACAUCAUAAUCGGAGCACUGUUUUCCGUUCACCACCAGCCGUCGGCAGAAAAAGUUGCCGAAAGAAAAUGUGGAGAGAUACGAGAGCAGUACGGGAUUCAGAGAGUGGAAGCCAUGUUCCACACUUUGGACCGGAUAAACGCUGAUCCAAACCUGCUUCCCAACAUAACGCUAGGCUGUGAGAUUCGGGAUUCCUGCUGGCAUUCUUCAGUGGCACUGGAGCAAAGCAUUGAGUUCAUUAGAGACUCACUUAUCUCCAUUAGGGAUGAUAAAGAUGGUUCGAGGUGGUGCAUUGAUGGGGAUCCAUCUGGUCAGCCUCCCUCGACUAAGAAACCCAUUGUGGGAGUGAUUGGACCUGGGUCCAGCUCUGUGGCCAUCCAAGUUCAAAACCUCCUUCAGCUCUUCAACAUCCCACAGAUUGCAUAUUCAGCCACAAGCAUUGAUCUGAGUGAUAAGACUUUGUUUAAGUAUUUUCUGAGAGUGGUGCCUUCGGAUACGCUUCAGGCCAGAGCCCUACUGGACAUCGUGAAGAGCCACAAUUGGACGUAUGUGUCAGCCGUGCACACAGAAGGUAACUAUGGUGAGAGUGGGAUGGAGGUGUUUAAGGAGCUGGCCGCUCAGGACGGCCUCUGCAUCGCUCACUCAGAUAAGAUCUACUCAAACGCAGGAGAGAAGCACUUUGACCGUCUGCUGAGGAAGCUAAGGGAGCGACUCCCUAAAGCCCGAGUCGUGGUGUGCUUCUGUGAGGGCAUGACGGUACGAGGGCUGCUCAUGGCCAUGCGCAGGCUGGGCAUCGCUGGAGAGUUUCUGCUCAUCGGGAGUGAUGGCUGGGCGGACCGCGUGGAGGUGGUGGAGGGAUACGAGUUUGAGGCACUGGGUGGGAUUACGGUGAAGCUCCACUCUGAAGAAGUCUCCUCCUUUGAUGAGUACUUCCUGAAACUGAAGCUGAGCACAAACCAGAGGAACCCGUGGUUCCCUGAGUUCUGGCAGCACCGGUUCCAGUGCCGUCUGCCCGGACACCCCCAGGAGAACACACAGUACAGGAGGAACUGUUCAGGGUACGAAAGUCUGGUGGAUAAUUAUGUUCAGGACAGUAAAAUGGGCUUUGUGAUAAAUGCCAUCUAUGCCAUGGCACACGGUCUCCAGGACCUGCACCAAGAGCUGUGCCCGGGGCAGAGGGGGCUGUGCCAGGCCAUGAAACCUGUGGACGGCAGCCUCCUCCUGGAUUUCCUCCUCAGGACGUCCUUCAGGGGUGUGUCCGGAGAGGACGUGUGGUUCGAUGACAACGGGGACACACCUGGAAGGUAUGAGAUCAUGAACUUCCAGCAGUUGGAGUCUGGGGUGUAUGAUUACAUAAACAUCGGCUCGUGGCAUGAGGGCGCUCUGAGCCUGGACGAUGACACAGUGAUAAACCGCAGUGAGCAGGUUCGUUCUGUCUGCAGCGAGCCAUGCUCCCCGAGGAGAAUCAAGGUAAUCAGAAAAGGGGAGGUGAGCUGCUGCUGGAUCUGUACUCCCUGUAAAGACAACGAGUUUGUCCAGGAUGAGUUCACCUGUAAGGCCUGUGAGCUCGGCUGGUGGCCCAACGAGCUUCUGGAAGGCUGUGAGCCAAUCCCUCUGCGUUACUUGGAGUGGGCCAACCCUGAGUCCAUCAUCCAGGUGGUCUUCAGCUGUUUGGGUAUUUUAGUCACUUCUUUUGUUGCUUUGGUUUUUGUUGUCUAUCGAGACACACCAGUCGUGAAAUCCUCCAGCCGUGAACUCUGUUACAUCAUCCUUGCUGGCAUCUUUUUGGGAUACCUCUGCCCCUUCACACUAAUCGCACGCCCCACUGUCGUCUCGUGCUACCUACAGCGCAUUUUAGUGGGACUGUCAGCUUCUAUGUGCUAUUCCGCUUUGGUGACGAAAACCAACAGAAUCGCACGUAUUUUGGCCGGAAGCAAGAAGAAAAUAUGCACCCGGAAACCCAGGUUCAUGAGCGCUUGGGCCCAGGUUGUCAUCGCGUUUGUUCUGAUAAGCCUUCAGUUGAGUUUAGAGAUCACACUAAUUGUUAUGCAGCCGCCUGAACCGGUCAAAUCCUACCCAAGCAUCAGAGAAGUUUUCCUGAUUUGCAAUACAAGUAAUCUGGUGGUUGUUGCUCCUCUUGGCUAUAAUGGACUGCUAAUUUUAAGCUGCACCUACUACGCUUUCAAAACACGUAAUGUACCGGCUAAUUUCAAUGAAGCAAAGUACAUAGCCUUUACCAUGUACACCACUUGCAUAAUCUGGCUUGCAUUUGUGCCUAUAUAUUUUGGCAGUAACUAUAAGAUUAUAACAACGUCAUUUUCGGUUAGCUUAAGCGUGACUGUAGCGUUGGGCUGUAUGUUUACGCCCAAAAUGUACAUUAUAAUUGCCAAACCGGAAAGGAACGUAAGGAGUGCAUUCACAACGUCGGACGCCGUCCGGAUGCACGUCGGAGAUGGGAAAAUGGCCUGUCGGAGGAACAGCCUCCUCAGUAUGUUCAAGAGGAAGAAGAAUGCGGGCAGUGGAAGUUCUAAUGGAAAGUCUGUGUCAUGGUCUGAACCAGGUGCCCGAGCUCCACCCAAAGGCGAGCACAUGUGGCAUAGGCUCUCAGUGCAUGUGAAGAGGCAGGACGCUAACCAAACCGCCGUCAUCAAACCGCUAACUGCUAACACUUUCCAGGGGUCUGCGCUGGAGUUCUCAAACUUAAGCACCAAAACACUUUACAACGUUGAAGAAGAAGAAGACGAGACAGAGCCGUUACGAUACAACCCACCCGAAAUUCUGCCUUCAAUGAUACAUGAGCAAAGUACUAGUACUACUACUGCUACUGCUAAUGCUACUACAACUGUGAAUAGAGUUAAAGAAGAAAUACAGAUAAUUUCAACGCAUCAUAACAACAACUCUCAAAACGCCGUCCUCAGCCACCAGCCACAGAUGACCACGUUUAAAAGCAGCAACAGCUCAAACGUGAAAGAUCUGAUUUCAUUACCAGAAGCUAGCAGUAGUAAUGGAGCAGGUACGCCAGUGUACUGCCAAGAUAACUUCCUCCAACAUGACGCAAUGUUGUCAGUACAGUUCCACCAAUUUGAGCAACAGCACUCCCUAGAGGAUGGAGAGGAGGUGGACAAUGAGUGCUUUGGGCUGCUUGAAGGAUUUCUGUAUAACAACACUCAAAUUCAUCAUGAGGAAGACUACGCUGGAGUCAAGAUGGCCGCUGCAGACGAGACACUUGUUCCCCUAAUGCCUCCCCCGUCACCAUUUCGAGAUUUCAUGGGGACAUCGAAUAUGAAUCCGUUCACAAGUUCACCUAUGUCAGAGUCACUCUUGGUCGGCCCUGAAGAUACAGUGUAUGCUUCGGUGAUGUUUGAGGAGUACAGGCACAGCUCGUCAACGUUGUGA